AUGGCGUGGGGGGUGCAGGGGACGAGGGGGGGAGGGGGGCUUCGAAGGAGCCGAGGGGAGCUUGCGGGUAAUCGCUCAAAGCCGAAAAUUCUCCUCCCACGUGCCCAACUAUACGCUGCUACCAUUUUUCUUGCUGCUUUCCUCAUCCCGAACGUCAGCCUAUCAGAGGAAACCAACUCAGCCGCGUCAAACACCUCCGCUGCCGUGACGUAUGAUCAUGUGACCGAUGACGUCACGCCUGGUGAUGCCCUCAUCCGAAUAGCUGCACGCAUUCAUGAAAAUGAACAACUUUGGUGGAACAUUGUGAAUAACACGGCCUAUGGAGGUGCGAGAAAACAAUACUCAAGCCAAAAGCGAGGCUUCUGAGGCUGAAGUUGAAAGAGACUCGGGGCAAAAAUUCAAAAGCAAAACCUAAAAACGUGGACAAAAAAUGUGAUUGUGGGAAGUUUUCCUAUACUUCAAAUAGAAUUAUUAAUGGGAUACAGGCUACGAAAAAUGAAUUUCCUUUUCAGGUCUCGAUCCAAGUAAAACCUUCCGGAUCCCAUUUCUGCGGGGGUUCCAUCAUCAGCGAUAGUUACGUCCUCACAGCUGCUCACUGCACGGACGGAUUGAAAGCCAAUGAUAUCCAAGUGUCAGUCGGUGAUCACGACCUGUCAGUGAAAGAGAAAACGGAGGAAGUGGUCUACGUUAAGGAUAUAAAACAGCAUGGAAAUAAUCCCGAUGAAAAGCUGCCGCAAUGACUACAAAUUUUUAUCCUGAAAUGAUUACUUCGAGAAUGUUCUGUGCCGCGGGGAAGAUUACCGAUGGUUGCCAGGGUGACUCCGGCGGCCCAUUAGUGUGGAAAGACGGAGUGACCAACUCGUACCUGCAAAUUGGUGUGACCAGCUGGGGCAUCGGCUGUGGGCGGGAGGACUUUCCGGGAGUCUACGUGAAAUUAAUUAAAUUUCUUCAGUGGAUAUACGACCAUACGAAAGACUCCGUUUUCUGUUCGUCUUUUUCACCUUCCUAUGACGUUGUAAUUUCUGCGAAGGGGAAGAAGAAGAACAAUGAUAAUAAAGGGGGGAAGGAGAACAGGGGGAGUAGGAAUAAUUUUGGAAGGAGGAGGAGGAGGAGGAAGAAGAAGAAGUGGGAUAAUUGGUGGAGGAGAAAAGGGAAUGAGGGUGAAGAAGGGAUGGAAAAGAAGAGGAGGAAAAAUGGGAAGGGAGAAAGAAGCGAAGAAGAGAACGGAAACGAGAACGAAGAGAACGGAAGGAGAGGAGGAAAAGGAACGAGAAGAGGAGGAGGAAAACUGAGGAGACAGAAAAACGUAAAAAAGAAUCAGGAAGAUAACGAAAACGAUCCCAGAGAAAAUGGAGAAAAUCGCAGGGGAAACUCUUAUAGAAACCGAGGACCCCGAAUGACUUUAACGGGAUGAUAAGAUCGGGUUCAUUCAAGAGCAGUUUGCAAAAUGGAAAAUUAUUCGCAGGGUAAAGUCAAUGAUAUGACAACUUAUUUCAGGUUUACCAUCAUUUACCAAACUGUAUUUACAUAAAUCAAUAAAAUCAUCAGAAAAGGUA